AUGGCUGCGAGACCGGCUCCCACUCCCGCUCCUGACCUGACCGCGAACCCUUCUUUCUCCCCGCACCGGUCGCCGUCCCCGCCGCCGCAGCAUCGCCGGGGAUACCAGGCUUGUGAUCCGUGUCGCAAACGCAAAGUCAAGUGCGAUCUCGGGAGUGUCGAUAACCCCCGACCUCCACCAUGCGUGCGCUGCCGUCGCGAGAGCAAGCGCUGCGAAUUUUCUGCCACCCGGCGAAAGCGCAAGGUGUCGGAUGAGGAUGACAAGUCCAAUGUGCUUCGUAGGGACAAACGGAUGAUGUCUGCAGAUGGCUCCAUGCCGCCCGAAGACGCGACAAAUAGUAACAAGGUUAAUGGCGUUACAUCCCAUCCCCGAGCUGCCGUACAACCCUAUGAGCCCGACGUCAGGCCAUCCAGCCAACGGCAGUGGGAUGAUUCUCCUCCCGGCCCGCCUCAUCGAAUCUCUGUUCCGAGUACCCAACCGUACCCCGCCCCGACUUCUGUUCCUUCAGAUCAAUACCAUCCUCCCCUUCCCCCAUCCCGUUCUACCAGCUUCGCCGGGAAUGUGCGCCCUAUACUGACUGGCGUGCUGGAAAGUGGUCAGCACAUGAUGAAUAAAACAGCAGCCGAAUUGUUGUCUCCGGCAAUCAGCAAUACCCAUGAUGCGCUACAUCUACUGUCCGAAGCGGCGGGGAGGACGGAGGAUCUGAAUCGGCAGAUGGAUUACUAUGGUGCCCGCCACUCUUCAACAUCAACGUUCAACUCUUCCGUCUCACCCAUGAAUCAGGUCGGGACGCCUGGUGGUGGGAAAGCUAGCAGGUCCAACUCAAACACUCAACCAGGCGCGCCGAGGGGAUGGUACCAGCAGAAUAAGGAUGCAAACCCACCUGACCCUCUCGCUGAAGGCCAAGAGGCUGUACUGAGUCCGCCUAAGCUCCUCGAAGAUAUCGAAUAUGCGAAUGCCCGGCGGGCCUGGUCACGACUCCGAUUCGUUCGUGCAGGAUGGUUCAGUGUGGACGAGGCAAUGGCGUAUAUUGCAUAUUAUUAUGAGCACCUCGCUCCGCUAAGUCCAAUCGUCAUUCAGAAUUUCAGCUCCGUGGCGACGCAUGUUACGCUGCUCACCGAAGAACCAGUUUUAACUGUGACUAUGCUUACAAUAGCUUCGCGCCAUAUGAAACUUUCAGGAAAUGGUGCAAUCUCCAGGGCUUAUUCUAUCCACGAGAAGCUUUGGUCAUACCUUCGCGGCAUGAUCGAGCGACUUAUUUGGGGACAGGAGAAAUUUGGUUCAAGCGGCUUGCCCUCUGCAAAGCCUCGCCAGUUCAAUCUCUCCACGUCUUUCUUCGGCCAACAAUCCAAACUCAAUGGUAAUUUACGAUCGCUUGGAACUGUGGAAGCCCUCCUUCUCUUAACGGAUUGGCAUCCCCGUGCACUGCAUUUCCCACCGGGAGAUGACGAAAAUACUUUGCUUGAUACAGACCCUCAGAUGUUCAACCAGAACGGCAAUAACGACGAGGACCAUGAUUCUGAAAGUAAGGAUCACCACGGCGGCACUGAAGGCCGGUUGGCUUUCUACAAAUGGCUCGAGCCGGUGUGGCGUUCGGACCGUAUGUCCUGGAUGCUGCUGAGUACAGCACAAGCAUUGGCGUUUGAACUAGGUGUUUUUGACCAAAAGAAUGAGCUAAAAGGCCCGAGCGAUUCUUCAUUCGAACAUGUGCGAAAACGUCGUGUACGUCGGUUAAUCCUGGUUUAUGUCUCACAAAGCAGUGGACGGCUCGGGAUCCCGUCAAUGUUGCCUCUACCACAAUGGAGCCAGAAUAUCGAACCGCUUGGCGCGGAUUCUAAGUCACGAGAGAUCAAGGAAGAUCUUGCUGUGGAUAUGAUGCAGGAUUGCUGGCUGGACAUCUCGAAGAUCAUGUACAGAAGCAACCAAGUGCUUUUCCCGUCAAAGGAGUACACGACGAACUUGAUCAAGACCGGCCAGUAUCGCGACAGGAUAGCUGAAUUUAUCCCGUCGCUAAGGGAAUUUAAACAAAAAUUAGAUCGGCUACCAAGGGUGUAUGUCAACUGUUUAGCGCUGCAAGCUGUAGUUGAUCGAUGGACCACCAUGUCCCAUGAGAGUUCCUCGAAUUUGGCUCAAAAUCCGUCUAACGGGCCAAAUUCCGGCCAGAAUUCGAGCACUGGAACCGUUCCAUUACGUGUACUUAUGGACCAAUAUGAAGUAAAUGAACCAUAUAUACAGGAGGUGGUUGAUGCGUCUCGGAAAAUAUUGCAGACGGUAUUGGAUGGUAUGAUCCCUGGGGAUCACCUGAAGCACGCGCCAGUGCGGACGUUCUUUAGGAUCCUUUCAGGGAUGAUUUUCAUUCUGAAGACAUUUACUCUGGGUGCAAAAGAAGACGAUGUGCGAAUAUCACUGGAGCUUCAGGACCGCACCAUUGAAAGCCUUCGAACCUGCAUUGUCGAUGACGUCCAUCUCAGUGUCACCAUUGCGGAUCUUCUACAGUUGCUAACUUCAAAUAUACGGACAAGGUUUCUCCGCUUCGCACCAUUUGACCGUGUGGACUGCAGCAGCCGAGAGCGCACGCCCUUGCCACCUUCUAGUAGGCAACAGUCUCCACAAGCCCGGGAGCAAGAGUUUCGCUGGCAUUCAAAUCCCAUCGGCCAAGGGACAGGUAACUUCCAGUUUGACACCAGUUCGGCGCCAUCGACUACCAACGACCCCCUCGCCAGCAUUCCCGCACAGCCUAUCAAUUCCUCCAAUCUCAACGUCUCGUUUAUGCCGCCGCCACCCUCUGUUUACUACAACUUCUACGAUCACGGCACUUCUCCGAAAAUGGAAGUCGAUGACUCCACGAUCGCUCCGCAUACAAUUAACACCAGCGGGGCGGGAUCAAAUUCGAACACCAUGUCCGAUUGGUUUGCUUUACCAUUGGAUCAAUUCUUCAAUAGCUCCACAGCAGGCGUCGAUCAAGGACUCGGUGGUACGGGGCCCAUGGUUGGCGAGUUUGAUAUGCUGGAAGUCUUGCUGAAGGAUCAGUAUACCGAAGGCGGCAGUGGAGGCAAUGGAGGAGGCGGCGGCAGUGGUGGUGGUGCUAAUGGAUCCGGUGGUGGAAGCGGGUCAAAUGGCACUGGACUGCCGUCGCAAUUCCUGUGA